AGAGUAAAAACUACCUCUUGUUUGGAUAGACUUGGAGAUGACAGGUACCUAUAUGUUUCUUUUUAUUUUGAAUUUUUAUAGUCUGGACUAUUGUUCAAGUUCUUCUGAUAGGGAAAUUUUGGAUCGACUGCCAAACAAUACUUUUGAUUGUAUACAUAUGGAUCACUAUGCUGUUAUUCCUUAGGGUGUUCAUUUCUUUGCAGACAGGCUUUGGUAUCACUUAAAUGUUACAUUUAGCUAAUGUUUGCAAGUCAUUGAGAAGACUUAGAAUUUUUAUACUUAGGUUUUAGAAAGAGUAGUUGAUUCCUUGAUCAUAUCUGUAUUAAUAAGCAACUAUGUAGCUGCUCACUCCACUACAGCGAUCUUCUUUGAUUCCUUUCUCAAGUUUUGUUUUAUCUGGCCUUGUUGCCUUGCUGCUCUUCAUUUGUUUGUUCAGUUAUAAUUACUACAUUUCCCAUAAAAGCAGUGACCACAUAAAGUCCGAAUUCUAUUUUUAAAGGAUAAGUGAACCUUUUAGCUUUUCUCGUCCUUUACCUAAGUCGGCGACAUUUUGUUAGGCUAGUGGAAAUUCAAUAUCGUAUUUUGUUUCUGCUCAAUCUGAAAGAUCUCCCUUUUGGUUCCAUCUUUAUCCUCCAUAUGUUAUUUGUUAUUAGCUAAGGCCUAAGAGUAAUAGUUUUAUGCUCAUUCUUCAAAUCCUACCCGCAAAGUUUGUAAGAGCAUCUUCCUUUAAUAUUUAUCCAUGACAUGUGUAUAUCCUACUUAAUGAGAGGAGUUGGACAAGGUUAAUUUAGCUGGCUUUUGUGAUCUGAGACGUGGUCAAUAUAAUUUUUCCAAUGUGUCACUGAUGUAGGUCUGGGUGUAGAAGUGAGUAGAAUACAGGAGAUCGCAUGUAUAAUUACGGAUGGAAACUUGACCAAAUCAAUUGAGGUAAUUAGAUUCUACUACAUAUAUAUGAUUAUUCACUCCUAACUAGGUUUUAUACUAUCCCAAUACUAGCAUCUUCUUUAUUUUCUUUAGCUCUGCGAUAUUCUACAAUAUCUCCAUUCAUGUAAAUUAAAGUGUCUAAUCCUAGUUACUACUAUUUUCUACAUAUUCUAAGCUUUAUAUGAAUUGGAUCUAGAGCUCUUUGGGUUACAUAACAAACCAGCUGAAAGUUGAAGUAGGUACCUAUAUUAGUAGCUCUUUCUUUCCAGUUCAACUCAUUCAACUUCCUAGUAGCUCUUUAAACAUAGCUUUAACUGUUCCUUACUUUCUUCUUAUAUGUAACAUCACUUGAACAAUUCGUAGGAAUCUUCUACAGUUUAUUUUAUAUGUAUAUUACCCGAAAGGGGCAAUAAUAUUAUUGACACAGGGAAGGAAGAAGAGGGUUUGAUAGAUAUAGUUGUGAACAAAUUAAUGCGUGCGACCUAGAUCGGCUAUUCUACCACUGAAACACUUAAGCCAGUAGUAUGGUUUGAAAACUUCAGUUUUCAGAUUCCUUGCUCUAAUAGGUGUUAUCUUCCGCAUAUAAUUUUUUUAAAUUGACUUUAUCAGAUGCAAUGUUCCCUUGUUCUCAAUAUAUUAUUCGUUUUUUUUUUUUUCUAGUUUCAUUUAGUUCAUUGGUUUAUGUCCUUUUAGGGUCUAAUAUAGUGAUCCAUCAAACUAAGGUAUGUCUAGACAAAUGGGAGACUGGUGUCAGAGUCACCAUGGAGAAAGCGGUUUGACAAAGAGUGUAACACCCCAGUCCCACAUCGAGAAGUGUGGAGAAGAGAGUACUCCAAAGCAAGCUUGGCGAAGAGGAAGCUGAAGCACAGGUGAUACAUUUUUUAGGAUUUGUGAAGAGGAAGCUAUAGUUCUGCAUGUACACACAUGUUUGAUGCAGUAUAUAUUUUCAGAUAUGUGUGCAUCAGUUAUUUAUUCCUCAAACAGUAUGGAAAUAUAGUUUUGUAGGCAAGAACAAAAGUAUGUGGAAAAAAUGUGACGUAUCAUCAUAAAAGCGAAAUACUACUUCUGGGUUCCACAAGGCGUUGACAAUGUACAUAUGAAUGUGGCAGUUUUGCAAUUUGUGAAGAGACACUGGGGCAUACAUACACCCCUUCUUGCUGGAAAUUCAGUCUACAUGGAUCUUUUAUUUCUGAAGAUUGGCCAGUCUUGUCCCUCGUGUACUUGUGGACGUGAGCAGUGUUAAGGCGUUAUGCAUCCUCUGGUAUCCGAGAGAUAACCAAAAAGCACCUCAGAAGAUAAACAAGCACAGGGCCAUGGAUGACACUAAGGAGAGCAUAGCAGAACUUAAAUUUUACCAGGACAACAUAUUCAAACACCGGACAAAGAAAUGACAGCAAAAGGCAGACUGGGAAUUAUGCAGGGAUAGGGAGCACUUGCUUUAUGUUUUACUCAGAAACCUAAUCUUUGGGCUACUACUGGAUGUCAGGUCAAGAGUAAAAUCGUCUGAAAUUCAUUCAGAUUGAAUUUGAUACAUUUUCUGGAAAAGAAUUUUCUUGCCAAGCAUUUUUUGUGGAUAAGUAUUAGCACUUGUAGUCGCAGUACUACAAUCUUCUGCUGAAGUUAUGAAAGGGAAUGCAGGGGAAUAAUUAUUGUUGGUCAUAUCUGCUGCUUUUCCCAUGAACAUUGGAUUAGCAUUUCCGCACAGGAAAAUAAUCUGUUAGGGAGAAAUUCACAUAUACAUGACCACAUCUUUUGGAUGGAGAUAAUCUGGACACAACUAAUUUGAAAAGAUGUACUCCUUAUGUCCUGAUCGUACGAGUUUUUCAUGCUUUUCAAUAUAUCUGGAAGAGAUACUUUUAAAUAUUAUUUUUCAAAUUCGUUUUGUUUUGUCUAGAAUUAUGGGUCCUAUACUUCUAUGUAAAAUAAAAAGAAAUUGAAAAUAUUAUUUAUAAGUACCUCUAUGCAUGCCAAACGAAGUGGCUCAUUAUUUUUGAACAAGGAGUAGUAUUAAUUGUUUAUGCUGGUCAGAUAAGUCAAAAGAAGUUCAAAAUCAGAGAUUUUUUUUUAUUUUAUUAUUAAAAUUUGAUUUUAAAAAAAUGUAUAGAAUCAGAUAAUUAUUAUUAUAUUAUUUAUAAAAAUUAGAAGUUGUUUUUCACUUGUCAAUAAUUGUAUUGGUCAUGAUUUAUUAUUGGAUGAUUAUUGUUUUAUUUAUUCAAGAAAAAGAUAUGACGGAUCAUGCAUUACUCGAAUAAAGUAUAUUCUUCGACUAGGUGGGUAAUGAAAUAAAUAAAAGUACUUGGUUCGAUAAUUUAUUCGACAAAUGUAUGCAUGUAAUGAACACAUAACUAGAAAAAGAGAUGAAGCGUUACGUGAAGACAUUAGACACUUGAUGUUAAUGUAUACUCUGUAUAAGAGAUCUAUAUAUGGAUCGUGGGAUAGCGAGCUUGGUUGCAUUUAUAUCCCAACCCAAUCAAUCUAUUAAAGUAGGAAAAGGAAGAAAAAGGAUGAAGAAUUGAUUUAUCAAGAGUAUGUCCGAAGGGGAGGAUGCAGGCACGUUGGAAUACACACCAACAUGGGUUGUUGCCGCCGUUUGUACUGUCAUCGUCACCAUCUCUCUUGCCGUCGAGAGACUCAUCCAUUACACAGGAAAGUAUCUCAAGAAGAAAAGACAGAGGCCUCUGUAUGAAGCACUGGAGAAAGUUAAAGAAGAAUUGAUGCUUUUGGGAUUCAUCUCACUACUUCUUACUGUAUUCCAAAGCACUAUUGUUAAAAUAUGCGUGCCUCAAGAUAUUACAGAACACCUCCUUCCCUGCCCAUUAUCUGGUAAACCUAGUGACCACAAUUCAACUCCAGAUGAAUCAGCGGAUGAAGGUUUCUGUGCUGCCAAGGGUAAAGUUCCGCUGUUGCCCCUUGAAGCUCUUCAUCAUUUGCAUAUCUUUAUUUUUGUCCUGGCCAUCGUUCAUGUCACAUUUUCUGUUCUCACCAUUUUAUUUGGAGGUGUAAAGAUACGUCAGUGGAAGGCGUGGGAGGAUUCCAUUCAACAAGAGAAUUUUGACACAGAAGAAGUUCUACGGCCAAAGUUUACUCAUGUUCAAGAACAUGAUUUUAUCAGGGGGCGCUUCUUGGGUUUUGGUAAAUGCUCAGUCUGUAAGGGUUGGUUGCAUUCCUUUUUCAAGCAAUUUUAUGGAUCUAUUACCAAAUCAGAUUAUGUAUCACUUCGACUUGGUUUCAUCACUACACAUUGCAGGGGAAACCCGAAAUUCAAUUUUCACAAAUACAUGAUACGGGCAUUGGAAGACGAUUUUAAGAAAGUUGUAGGCAUAAGUUGGUACUUGUGGGUUUUUGUGGUAUUAUUCUUAUUGCUCAAUGUUCAUGGUUGGCACACCUAUUUUUGGAUAGCCUUCAUCCCGUUUUCUCUACUACUAGCUCUUGGCACUAAGCUAGAGCACAUAAUAUCUGAGUUGGCUCAUGAGGUUGCUGAGAAACAUAUAGCUAUUGAGGGGGAGUUGGCAGUGCAUCCAUCAGAUGAUCACUUUUGGUUCCAUAGGCCCAAGAUUGUUCUUUUCUUGAUACAUUUUAUACUCUUCCAGAAUGCUUUUGAGAUAGCAUUUAUCUUCUGGAUCUGGGUUCAAUAUGGCUUAAACUCCUGUAUUAUGGGACAGGUCAGAUAUAUGGUUCCAAGACUUGUUAUAGGGGUAUUUAUUCAAGUACUCUGCAGUUACAGUACUCUUCCGCUAUAUGCUGUCGUCACACAGAUGGGAACACAUUUCAAAAAGUCAAUAUUUGAUGAGCAUAUACAAGUAGGACUUGUUGACUGGGCUCAGAAGGCAAAGAAGAGGAAUAAAAUGUUGAAAACGGCAGAGAUUGUUGUCCAAGAGAAUGCAACUAGUACAGGUCCUCAACUUGUUGAAAAAGAAUGUAGUCAGGAGGAAAAUCAGCGCUCGAAUGAAAUUGAACCUUCCAAUGAAAUCGAACCCUCCAAUGAGAUGGAAUCCUCCAACACUGCUGAUGCCUCAGAUAAUGUUUAGUUCACAUGCAUGAUAGGGAUUCUGUCAAGAGGCGAGUAUGAGUGAGUGUUUAGCAGCUGGUAUUGGAGCAUAAAACGACAAAGUGCAAAGGCAGUGUACAGUAUCAAUGCCACUGCAGUAACUUUGUAGAGAACUACUAUUGAUAAGUUUAUAGAUAGGGUCUUUUGUAGUGAUAAAAAAAGAGAAGAAUUAGCAUAAUUGACUGUUAGCUGUAGUGGAAAGGAUGAAUUUGUGAAAAGAAUGAAUCUUGUUAUACAAGAGAAUUCACGCCCAAGAGCUCUCUUUUGUCCCUGGGUUAGCAUUAAAAAAGCCGAAUGCCGUGUUUUGGCAUGAUUGUGCUGCCUUUGUGUGAGCUCACCCGAGACUAGUCAUCGCCUUUUCCAGGACUUGAAGCACAUUUGCAGCAGCAUCUACAAUCAUGCAUCGAGCAAUAUUAGAACCCGUGUAAACUUCUUGUUCAGUGCUGCUGCACUUCAUUCUGUUCGGAAAGAGCGGUUUAACUGCAAUAGUUUCUCCUCACCUCUGCAGCCUGGGCAAGUGCUGAGGAUGCUAAUUGGUCAAGGAAAGUCAGAGCUCGAGUUUUUUCCUCCAACGGGGAAUUUAAGAAACUAUAAGUAAGAGUAUCUCCAAUGAUGGAUGCUAACUAAAAUUGAUUAAAAUGA